UUCAGAAAUUAUUUGAGAUAGACACCUGAGAUGCAUCCGUUUGACUUUUCCAUUAAAAACAUGCAACCCAAAAUUUUCAUGUUUUUGAUGGGGUGAACAAUUACAUGGCUUUUGUUAUACGGCGACAUUUCCGGCUUAUUUUCAUAUAGUGGCUUACAUUUCUUACAUCUGUCACUUUGAUAUGGAGGAUGCUUACAUUAGGCCGUCAUCACCAUAGCCUUGGAGAGAUACCAGCUACAUGGUACACCCGCAAGAAGGCAUGCUGGGGCACGACAAAGGGUCACAACAUCAGCUAAAGACCGUUUUUGGUCGUUCAGGUACGCCUCUGCGAGGUUUUUGAAUGCAACUUCUCUUCGAAAUGGCCUUACUAAAAUUGCGCGGGUCAGUGUUUCCACGAAGACGGUACGUAUAAGGCUGCAUGAAGGUAAUUUGCACCGAAAAGACCUUGCAAACGUAUCCUCUUGACGCGUCGACAUCACCAAGCCCGUUUGGAAUAGACCAUGGAGCAUACACUAUGAACCAUGCAACACUGGAGACACGCUAUGUUCACAGAUGAGUUAAGGUUCUGCAUAGACUUCACAGAUAGACGUGCUAGAGUCUGGAGAAGACGAGAUGAACGGUUUCAGGCUGCAAAUAUUGCUGAGCAUGACUGCUACAGAGGUUGGUCAGUUAUGGUCUGAGGAGGCAUCAGCUUGGGACAAACUUGCCUGGUUGUGCUAAAAAGAGGCACAUUUUCAGGUUAGUGAUACAAAGACAACAUAUUAGACAACCAGGUUAGGUUGUAUGGUGGAGCAGUCGGCGAUCAGUCUAUUCUUAUUCUAAUGGACGACAAUGCUCGCUCCCAUAGGGCCAGGGUGGCCAAGGACAACCUAGAAAGAGAGCCUAUUUAACGCAUGGACUGGCCAGCUAGUUCAUCUGACUUAAAUCCAACGGAAGUUCCGGAACACAUGUGAAAUGAGCUGAAGGUUACCAUUUCAGCUCGUCAGCUGCAACACAGAACCACCGAGAAACUUGUAGCCAUGUUGGUCCAAGAAGGUAUAGCCAUACCCGUUAGACUGAUCAGAAAUCUACAAGGAAGGGCGUAUGAGAAGGCUCUGCCAAGCUUCCAUUGAUAGUCACGAGUCACACACACGGUAUUAAGUCUAAAAUGCAAUUUAACAAAUUUUGAAAACAUGCUGCAUGUUCUGAAAUUUUCAAAUAGUGUGUCAUCCUCUUCUCUCGCACAAAAUCAGUGUAAAACUCAUUCAUAUGGUUCAAUUCGUCCUUCAGCAGAAUUGAUAAAACAGUAAAUCAACAUUUAAAACCUUCCACACGGCAUUGAUAAAGUUAAAGUUAUUCUAACAUAUGGCGCUUGGCAAAAGUUGAGCAAGUAUAUGUUUGACAUUCAAAAUAUGACACCCUUUUAAAUCAAUGUCGUCUUUUUAUUUGACGUUCAAUAGUAUCAAUACUAUCAUAUAUAUAUAUAUAUGCUUAAAGUUAAAUUUUAUGCAUGAGGUUUCCGUGGACUGCACUUGUGGUGCAAGUAUCGUUUAAUGACUCGUACCAGUUAUUAUUUCUAUCUUACUUUAUGCAUAUUAAAUGUCAUUGAAACAAACACAAGAGACAAAGGCUAGAUUUUAUUCACACCACAUCAACAUCACCAAUUUAAAUGCAAACAAAAUUCAUGGUAGUUAUUCAAUCAAAAGCAAAAUCAUCGUCAUUGUCAUAAUCACUUCCACCAUCACCACAAACCACCAACACAAACAAUAAUUAUCAACAUCAACACUAGUAGCCACAUCUUCAAAAUCAGUAUCACCACCACGACAAUAACAGGCCUAACAUUAUUAACAUCAUACAAUUCAUUCUAGUAUCAUCAUAAAGAUAAUCCCCUUAAACAAUCAUUAUCAUUACUAUCAACCCUGUAACAACGACAUUAUUACCGACAAAGUUUUAGGAUUAAAAUCACCGCCACCCUUACUUUUAUAACCACAACCACAUUAAUCGUCAGUAUCAACCACAUCACUAAUUGCGUAAUCACAAUUGCCUUCAACAUCGCUUGUAACAUUGUGACACUAUCAUUAUUUCCAUCUGCGGUACAAUCCGAGUACGCAUAAUUAUCAUCAUCUGCAACAACAAUAGUAUUUUCGCUUUUACUGUAGAAACAUAAUCAACAUAACUACGUUCAUUAUCACAGCCAUCAAAGAAAAGAAAGUAACAUGGCGACGGCAACAGUUCACCCAUUGUUGACAACAGUCAGUCCAUUAUUAACAACGGUCAAUCCAUUUUUGACGACAGUCGAUCCAUUGUUACAGAUUUGUAACGAAGAUGCAGAAAAUAUAUUUAUAUAUUAUAUUCACUGGUUGUUGAUUCCAGCUGUCGCCAUCAUGCUGUUAUUGUGUUUUAUGGAGAAAAGAAAGACGCUAAAACCAAACAUAUUUCGAGGCCGUCCGGGUGUUGUACGACCGCUUGGAUUUUUGGAUGAGCCUUCUAACCGCUGGGGUGUCAUGCUUGCAUUUGGAUCUGUGGCUGGGAACAUACUACAGGUAACAUUGAAAUUGGUCCCAGAAGGACUAGACUGGCCGAUCUGGGCAAAAAUUUUUAUGGUAUACAUUUUAUGUCUGGAGACUAGUGUUGUGUGUUAUCCCUUAUUUGCCUGCAUGACGACACGUCAUAAAUUAGUUGGCGCUAUAGCGGGUUUUCUUUACUCUCUAGGAUGGUUCGCUUUUGAGAUGGUACAAGUCGUUACAAUAGGAUGCUGGGAUCUAAACCGAGUUAUUUGGUCGGUCCAUCUGCCUGUGACACUAUGUAACCUCUUGUUAGUUUUUAAGUUUUGUUGGAAACUAUUUAAAUGUUUAAAGAAUGGAAUCUACAUUAUUAGCCAAAAGGUAACAAUAUUUUAUUAA